AUGCUGUCUUUUGCGAGGGUAGGUGUCUUGUCUAUUGUAGGAGUCAGAGUCUGUCUAUUGCAGGGGUCGACGUCUGUCUAUUUCAGAGAUCGGUGUCUGUCUAUUAUGGAGGUCGGUGUCUGUCUAUUGACGAGAGGUCGUUGUCUGUCUAUUGCGGGUGUCGGUGUCCGUCCGUUGCAGGAAAUCAGUGUUUGUCAAUUUCCGAGGUUGAUGUCUGUCUAUUGCGCGUGUCGGAGAUUGUCUGUUGGAGGGGCCACUGCCUGUCCCUUUCACAGGUCGGUGUUUGUCUAUUGCGGGUGUCGGUGUCUGUCUGUUGAAGGGGGUCGGUGUCUGUCUGUUGCAGAAGGUCCAUUUCAGAGGUCGGUGUCUGUCUAUUACGGGUGUCGGUGUCUGUCUAUUUCGCGGGUCGAUGUCUGUCUUUUGCAGGAUGUAAUGUCUGUCCAUUUCAGAGGUCGGUGUCUGUCUAUUGCGAGUGUCGGUGUCUGUCUGUUGCAGGGGGUCAGUGUCUGUCCAUUUCAGAGGUCGGUGUCUGUCUAUUGCGGGUUCCGGUGUCUGUCUUUUGGUCUGUUUUUUCUUUUCUUUUCUAUUUAUGUUGCCUUCUCCAUUCUUUGUCAAUUUUUGUGUUAG